GCCCAACGCAAGAGUCAAAGCACUAUCCAAGCCGACAAAGCCUCAAUCAGGAUCAGAAAAGCACAAAUUUCCCAAAACAGAGCUGACCCCAGAGAACCCAAUCCGCUCCAAAGAAUGCAGGAAGAGAAAGAAAAUCCAAACCUUCACUACUGGGGGAACGCAUCUGAAGAAGACCACUACAAAUCCCAUGGAGUCAAAGGCUCAACUUCAUUCUACACUUCACCAAGGGGCCUUUCCCUCUUCACCAGAUCCUGGCUCCCUCUGUCGAACCCUCCUCCUCAUCGUGGCAUAAUCUUUAUGAUCCAUGGCUAUGGCAACGACAUCAGCUGGACUUUCCAGUCAACCCCAAUUUUCCUUGCCCAGAUGGGUUUUGCCUGUUUUGCCCUUGACCUUGAAGGCCAUGGAAGAUCUGAGGGUCUGAGGGCCUUUGUCCCGAACGUCGAUGCUGUUGUUCAAGACUGUCUAUCUUUCUUUAAUUCCAUCAAACAAGACCCUCAGUAUCAUGGGUUACCUUGUUUUCUGUUUGGUGAAUCAAUGGGUGGUGCGAUUUGUCUCCUGAUCCAUUUUGCAGAUCCAAAAGGGUUUGAUGGUGCCAUCCUUGUAGCACCCAUGUGUAAGAUCUCUGAUAAUGUGAAACCCAGAUGGCCAAUCCCUCAAGUUCUCAUGUUUGUGGCUAACUUCAUGCCCACUUUGCCUAUUGUACCAACUGCAGAUCUAGUCGCUAAGUCAGUCAAGGUUGAAGAGAAGGUGAUAAUAGCAGAGAAGAAUCCGAUGAGAUAUAGAGGAAAACCAAGAUUGGGGACUGUUUUAGAGCUAUUGAGGGUCACUGACCAAUUGAGUCAACAAUUAUCCAAAGUGAGCAUACCAUUUAUUGUUUUACAUGGCAGUGCAGAUGUUGUAACAGAUCCGAAUGUAAGCAAGGCUUUGUAUGAAGAGGCCAAGAGUGAAGACAAGACCAUCAAAAUUUAUGAUGGAAUGAUGCAUUCUUUGCUGUUUGGGGAGACGGAUGAAAAUAUUGAGAUUGUUUGUAAGGAUAUCCUGUCUUGGUUGGAAGAGAGGUGCAAGGGAUGAUCAGAACCAUCGUACCAUCGAGAAUGGUACGAUUAUUGAGAAUUUUAUGUUGAAAUUGUACUUUAGAAUGCUAUGAUUUGAUUCUUGUUGAUUCUGUGUCCAGUUUCUCUAUAGAUUAAUCUAAUUCCCAGAGUUUAUUCAGAA